AUGCUCUAUUCAAGGGCCUUGACGAGGCCAGAAACGGGGUGUCAAGGACGCGGACGCGUGUGCGACAUUUGUGUCAUUGCGCUUGUGCUGACGCCGGUGGGGUUGCUACUGGCUGUGUGGCUGCAACCCCACCCACCGCUCUCACAUGCGAUGGAGGGCUGCCGCGUUGCAGGAGCCUCUGCCCCCUUAGAGGAAAGUGGCAAGAAACACAGCCAUCAUCGACAGCAGUGGGUGGCACCAACACUGCAAUUGCCCCUCUCCACCACCACUUCACGACCCGGGCAUACUUCCCUCGGUAUUAAGUUUUUUUGUUUUUACUUUUAUUUUAUUGUUGUUUUUGCCCUCAGUCCCCACAUAUGGCUGCAUCACUGA